AUGAAAUUGGCGACAGGAAUGGAGAAGGUAUGAGUAACGAGAACUUCGGAACUGUUAUCUAAUCCCUUAGCGAAUAUCAGAAGGUUAAAGAAUGUCAAGAGAAAGCACUAACCAUCGCGAGACAACUAGGCGAUAAGAAAGUACAAGGUAUGAGUAACCGGAACCUCGGAACCGCGUUCCACUCUCUUGGCGAGUGUCAGAAGGCUAAACAUUAUCAAGAGAAAGCACUUGCCUUCGCGAUACAAAUAGGCGACACAAAAGAGAAGGUACGAGUAACGGGAACCUCGGAAAUGUGUUCGACUCCCUCGGGGAAUAUCACAAGGCUAAAGAAUACGAAAAGAAAGCACUCGUCAUCCCGAUAGAAACAGGCGACAGGAAAGGAGAAGGUAGGAGUCACGGGAGCCUCGGAACUGCUUAUCACUUCUGACACCAGAGAGCGGGAAAGACAAACAACUAACAAC